AUGACGAUCACCCGGCGCCCCCUGCCAAGCCCCCGACCCCCUGCCAGUCCCCGACCCGUCCCCCAUGCUAGCCCCGACCCGCCCCCGUGCCAGCCCCCGGCCCGCCCUCCGCUAGCCCCUGCACGGCACACCUGCAACCGCCCUUAUCGCCACGGACACCACGCAGUCAAAGUGCCAGGUGUGAUGUACAGCGCGAUCCAGGAGCCAAUCCCCGCAGUAGCACCCACACCUCCCGCAGGCGACCCCGUAGAGCUUCCUGCCGCAGCCGCCGCGAUGCAGGUCUCCGAUGCGGACGUUCGCUCUCCAGACCCUGCCUCUGCGCCGCCACGCCCCGCCGCCGCGCCCGCCCGCCCGCCCCGCACAGAACGAGAAGAAUGA